AUGGCGGACAAACCCUCAGUAGACACUGCCGAUGUCUCUCGCAAUGAGAAGGCCGCCUUCGACGUGCCCACAACAGGGCAUGAAGAGACAGGCGGUCGGCGCCGGUCCGUCGCUCUCAACCUGGUCGAGAAUCCGUUGAAGCGCACUUCACCGGAACAAACUGUCCUGAAUGCCGUGUCUUUCGCCGAAUCGCAUGGCAUGUCAGAGCAUGCAAACCUCUUUGGUCGCGCCGCUCUCGUUGCUCGUGACCCAGACAACUUCCAAAGCGUCACAGAGCUCGAGGACCACGAGCGCAAUGCUCUCCAAUACGAGAAAGACCACAAGUGGCAUGGCCCCAAAAUGCUCUGGUACUCAAUCGGCUUAUGCGCCAUCGGAGCCGCCACCCAGGGGUGGGAUCAAACUGGUUCAAAUGGUGCCAACUUGUCCUUCCCUGAAGAAUUCGGGAUCAACGGUAAAGGCAAAGACGAAUGGAUCGUCGGUAUUAUCAACGCCAUCAUAUUCUUGACAGCUGGUCUCAUUGGUGCAUUCAUUGUCGAUCCCCUCAACCACUAUUUUGGCCGAAGAGGCGAGAUCUUCAUCACCGCUUGCUGUCUAACUGCCACACCCAUCGGUUCUGCUUUUGCAAAAUCCUGGCAAGGGCUCUUCGCUGCUCGAUUCGUCAUGGGCAUUGGAAUCGGCGCAAAGAACGCUACGGUACCCAUCUACUCUGCGGAAAUGGCCCCGGCUCGCGUUCGAGGUGCUCUUGUCAUGUUCUGGCAACUCUGGGUCGUUGCUGGUAUCUUCUUGGGCUUCGCUGCCAACGUUAUCGUCAAGGACACUGGCGACAUCUCCUGGCGUCUCCAGCUCGGUUCAGCCUUUAUUCCUUCCUUCAUUCUCAUGGUCGGAAUUUUCUUCUGUCCCGAAAGCCCUCGUUGGCUCAUGAAGCAUGGGAAGCACGCCCAAGGAUUUCGAUCGAUGCAACGUCUGCGAGCUCAUCCCAUCAUUGCCGCUAGAGACUUCUACUACUCGCAAGUCCUCUACGAGGAGGAGCUUCGUGAGGCUCGUGGCAGUGGCUAUUUCUCCCGUUUGUGGGAUUGCUUUGCUGUGCCUAGAAUCAGGCGUGCGAACUAUGGUGCCUCGACAGUGAUGCUUGCUCAGCAAAUGUGUGGCAUCAACAUCAUCUCCUUCUACAGCUCGACCAUCUUCGAAGACGUCGGCUAUACCGCAACCCAGGCUCUGUAUGCGUCUCUAGGAUAUGGUGCGAUCCAGGUAGUGGCGACAAUUCCUACUCUGUUCCUGAUCGAUACAAAGGGCCGAAGAACCUUGACUUUGGCGACCUUCCCUGGAAUGUGUAUCUUCUUGCUGGCGGCGGGUCUAUCUCUGCUCAAAACCGAUGGAAGUCGUGGAUCCCAAAUCGGUCCUGUUGUAUUAUUCGUCUACCUCUUCACCAUCUGCUACUCCUUGGGAGAAGGGCCCAUCGCAUUCCAGUACUCUGCAGAAGUGUUCCCUACCAUUCAACGUGAGCAAGGAAUGGCCUGGGCAGUUUGCAUCAACAACACUUUUGCUGGCGUUCUUAGCUUGACUUUCCCUCGAAUGAGGACUGUCAUGACUCCCACUGGGGCUUUCGGUUUCUAUGCCGGACUUAACCUGAUUGCCUGGUUCAUGAUCUUCUGCUUCGUGAGAGAGACCAAGCAACUCACCCUGGAAGAAAUUGACCAGGUCUUCUCGGUACCGACCAAGAACUACAUCAGUUAUGAAACGAAAGUAUGGCUUCCUUACUUCAUCAAGAGACACAUCUUCCGACGGAGGAUCCCCAAACCGCCUGGAAUCAUCGAACGUGCCGAGGAAGCCGACAAGGCCGACACAUACUAG